CACCACCACCAUGACCACCACCAAUUUAUUCUCCCCUUUCUUGUUUUUCUUUAUCCCUACAUUUCCGCCACCACCUAACCCUCCCUCAACACCUAUAUUUCUCCACCCUUCCUCACCGCCCACCUCCCCACAAUUCAAUCCAUCCCCUCCCCUAAUACCCCCAUCUCCGUUUCUGAUUCCGUUCUGAUAAUCUCGUUUGAUUGAGCGAUUGGUUUGAAUCUGAAUCUGAAUCGAUCGCUCUCAAAAAUUUCCCUUUAAUUGUUUUGGAUAUUUGGCUGAUCGGAUAAGUUUCGGGAAUAUGGCCGAGGAACAGAAAUGGCAGGAAGCAAGCAAUCACGUGCUCUGUGCUAAUAACUGUGGAUUCUUCGGGAGUCCCACCACGCUCAAUAUGUGUUCAAAGUGCUACAAAGAUCACUGCAUGAAGGAACAGCAGAUGUCGACGGCGAAGAUCGCCGUCGAGAAGAGCCUCACGCAUCCACAGCACGAAUCGGAAACAUCUCUAGCGGAAUCUUCCUCAUCCUCAUCUUCCGCUGUAGCAUCUGUUUCCGUUUUACCGGAUCAGCCGAUAUCCAAUCCGGUGGACGCCGAUCUUGUGUCUCCGUCGUCUAACGACGUGAAACCGCAGCAACGGAAUCGGUGUGGAUCAUGCAAGAAGCGUGUUGGGCUCACGGGGUUUACAUGUAAAUGUGGAACGACGUUCUGUGGGACCCACAGGUACCCGGAGAAGCACGACUGCUCGUAUGAUUUCAAGACGGUGGGGAAAGAGGCGAUAGCGAAGGCGAAUCCGGUGGUGAAGGCGGCGAAGCUGGAGAAGAUUUGAGACGAUCAUAGCCGUUGGUUGAUGUCGUUGAUCGGACGGUCGAUGGGUGAUGAUAAUUGGGGGUUGGGUGGGUGUUGAUUCAUGAUUGGGUCGGGUCAAGUUGAUGGUUCGGGGCCCCUUUUUUAUUAAUUCCGAAGCUUGUGAAAACUUUGAAUUUAUGUGUAGUUGUCCUACUUUUUCAUUUUUUUAAGAAAAAAAAAGGAAGAAAAAAAAAUCGAAAUUCAUGUUCUAUUA